GUGGCCGGUGUCACAAGUCCUGUGGAAACCGAUGUUGGGGACCUUCUGCGGACGAGUGCCAGAGCUUGACAAAGAUGGUGUGUGCCGAGCAGUGUGAUGGGCGCUGCUAUGGGCGCUCCGUCAGUGAAUGCUGCCACCGUGAAUGCGCAGGAGGCUGCUCCGGACCCAAGGACACGGACUGCUUUGCGUGCUUGAAUUUCAACGACAGCGGCGCUUGCGUCACGCAGUGCCCCCAGACCUCCGUGUACAACCCGGCCACCUUCCAGAUGGAGACCAACCGAGACGGCAAAUAUACCUAUGGCGCUUUCUGUGUCAAAAAGUGCCCACAUAACUUCGUGGUUGACAUCAGCUCUUGUGUACGGGCCUGUCCCAGCCCCAAGAUGGAAGUGGAAGAAAACGGCAUUAAGACCUGCAAGCCGUGCACCGACAUCUGCCCCAAAGCAUGUGAUGGAAUAGGCACGGGGAGUUUGAUGUAUGCCCAGACUGUCGACUCCAAUAAUAUUGACCAGUUUGUCAACUGCACCAAGAUCAAUGGGAACCUGAUCUUCCUGGUCACUGGGAUUCAUGGGGACCCUUAUCACAUGAUCGAAGCCAUCGACCCGCAGAAUUUAAAUGUCUUCCAAACAGUGAGGGAAAUAACAGGUUACCUGAACAUACAGUCGUGGCCGGAAAACAUGACAGAUUUCAGUGUCUUUUCGAAUUUGGUGACCAUCGGUGGAAGAGCACUUUACAGUGGCCUCUCCUUGCUUAUUCUCAAACAGCAGCGCAUUCGAUCGCUGCAUUUCCAGUCCUUGAAGCAUAUCAGUGCGGGCAACGUCUACAUAACGGACAACACCAACUUGUGCUUCUAUCACACCAUCAACUGGACCAGUCUUUUCAGCACUGCCAGCCAAAAGACCGUGAUCCACAGAAACAAGAAGGCCGAAAACUGCACCGCGGAGGGGAUGGUGUGCAGCCGCCUGUGCUCCAAAGACGGGUGCUGGGGCCCCGGGCCGGACCAGUGUUUGUCCUGUAAGCACUUCAUCAGAGGAAGGACCUGUGUGGAGGCUUGCAAUCUGUAUGAGGGUGAAUUCCGGGAGUUUGCCAACGGUUCCGUCUGUGUGGAGUGCGACCCCCAGUGUGAGAAGAUGGAGAAUAACAGGAUCACAUGCAGGGGACCCGUAAGUAGAACGAGUGCACAUCAGGACGGCCCCAACUGCGUGGAAAAGUGCCCUGACGGCGUACAAGGGACAAACAGUUUCAUUUUCAAGUAUGCUGAUGAGAACCGCGAGUGUCAUUCUUGUGAUCCGAACUGUACACAAGGGUGCCUAGGCCCGAGCCUAGAGGACUGCAUUGGUUUCAUGGAUAGGGAUCCAAUCCUGGCUUCUAGUGUCCUGGCCCCACUGGUGGACCUCCUGAUGGCACUGGAAUUUCUGGCCACUGUCCGAAGAGCCAGCGCUGUCCGAAGACGUUUCCUAACCACAAAUGUUACUUUGCAGCUGGUAGAGCCUUUGACCCCAAGCGGCACCGCACCCAACCAGGCACAACUCAGGAUUCUGAAGGAAACGGAGCUCAAGCGCGUGAAGGUCCUCGGAUCCGGGGCCUUUGGAACGGUGUAUAAGGGCGUUUGGGUUCCUGAGGGAGAGAGCGUGAAGAUUCCUGUGGCAAUUAAAAUCCUGAAUGAGACCACUGGACCCAAAGCCAACGUGGAGUUCAUGGAUGAAGCUCUUAUCAUGGCGAGCAUGGAUCAUCCCCACCUGGUCCGGCUCCUGGGGGUUUGCUUGAGCCCCACGAUCCAGCUGGUCACUCAGCUGAUGCCCUACGGCUGCCUCCUGGACUACGUUCACGAGCAUAAGGACAACAUUGGCUCUCAGCUGCUGCUGAACUGGUGCGUCCAGAUAGCCAAGGGAAUGAUGUACCUGGAAGAGAGACGCUUAGUUCACCGAGACCUGGCAGCCCGAAAUGUCCUCGUGAAAUCACCAAAUCACGUGAAGAUCACAGACUUUGGCCUAGCCAGGCUACUGGAAGGGGACGAGAAGGAAUACAGCGCAGAUGGUGGGAAGAUGCCCAUUAAAUGGAUGGCUCUUGAGUGUAUCCAUUACAGAAAAUUUACGCAUCAGACCGACGUCUGGAGCUACGGUUGGAUGAUCGAUGCAGACAGUCGGCCGAAGUUCAAGGAGCUGGCUGCCGAAUUCUCUCGAAUGGCUCGAGACCCUCAGAGGUACCUGGUCAUUCAGGGGGAUGACCGCAUGAAACUGCCGAGCCCAAACGACAGCAAGUUCUUCCAAAAUCUGCUCGACGAGGGGGACCUGGAAGAUAUGAUGGACGCCGAAGAAUACCUCGUCCCCCAGGCGUUUAACAUUCCUCCCCCCAUCUACACCUCCAGGGCGAGAAUCGAUUCCAACAGGAGCGAAAUUGGACACAGCCCUCCUCCUGCCUACACCCCUAUGUCGGGAAACCAGUUUAUCUACCGAGACGGUAGCUUGGCUACAGAGCAAGGAAUCCCUUUGCCAUAUCGGGCUGCUAUCCCGAGCAUCAUGUCCGAACCCCCCCUUGCGCAAGGUGCUGCCGAGAUCUGUGACGACACGUGCUGCAACGGCACCCUUCGGAAACAGGUGGCUGCCCUGGCGCAGGAGGAGAGCAUCGCUCAGCGGUACAGCGCCGACCCAACCGUUUUUGUACCAGAACGUGGGCCGAGGAACGAGCUUGACGAAGAUGGGUACAUGACUCCUAUGCCCGAGAAGUCCAAAACAGAUCACCUGAAUCCAGUGGAGGAGAACCCGUUUGUGUCUCGACGGAAGAACGGCGAUCUGCAAGCCCUGGACAACCCAGAGUACCACAAUGGCCAAACUGGGCAGCCCAGAGCAGAGGAUGAGUACGUGAACGAGCCCUUGUACCUCAACACCUUUGCGAGCACCUUGGAGAACGCGGAGUACAUGAAGAAGAACGGGCUUCCGUUGCCAGAGAAGCCCAGGAAGGCCUUCGACAACCCCGGUUACUGGAAUCACAGCUUGCCUCCGAGAAGCACCCUACAGCACCCGGACUACCUGCAGGAAUACAGCACAAAAUAUUUUUACAAACAAAACGGAAGGAUCCGGCCGAUCGUGGCAGAGAACCCUGAAUACCUGUCAGAGUUCUCCUUGAAGCCCGGCACGAUGCUGCCUCCUCCACCCUACAGACACCGAAACACUGUCGUGUAA